AUAACAUAAAGCGGGUAAGACAAAGAAAAGUGUAGUAGCAGGUGAGAUUCGUUGAUUGAUUCGGAUCCCUUUUUCCUUUCUAUAUUUGAUUUGAUUUGAUUUGAUUCAUUCACUCGCUUAAACCGUACUUCAACUUCUAAUUCGUCAGAUUCAGACCCAAAGCAAUGGGUAGCACAACAUUACGCUUAUACUUAACCUGCAUUCGCAACACACUCGAUGCUGCUAUGUGCCUCCAGAAUUUUCCUUGUCAAGAAGUUGAAAGACAUAACAAACCCGAGGUUGAACUCAAGACCAGUCCUGAACUCCUUCUAAAUCCUGUUUUGAUAUGCCGUAACGAGGCUGAAAAAUGCUUAAUAGAAACCUCUAUCAAUUCAUUAAGGAUAAGUCUUAAGGUGAAGCAGGCUGAUGAACUUGAAAACAUAUUGACGAAAAAAUUUCUUAGAUUUUUGUCCAUGAGAGCUGAGGCUUUCCAAGUACUGAGGAGAAAGCCUGUGCAGGGAUAUGAUAUUAGCUUCCUUAUUACAAAUUACCAUUGUGAGGAGAUGCAGAAGCAAAAACUCAUAGAUUUUAUAGUGCAAUUCAUGGAGGAUAUCGAAAAGGAGAUAAGCGAGCUCAAAAUGUCAGUGAACACACGGGGGAGGCUUGUAGCUACAGAGUUUCUGAAGCAGUUUAUAUGAUGCUUUGGACUAGUUAGAAUUAGAACUACCAAGUCCGUGUAAAUUGUACUAUUUCAAAUCUAGUCCCACUUUCCUCCUGGUUAUAACAAAUGCUUGUGUCUUUAUUAUAUCCAGUAGCAAAAGCAGUGCCGAAUAGUUUAUGUAGAGAGAAAUAUUAAGUCAAAUUGGAAUCUUGAGUCUUUAUUAUAAUCGGUUAUCACACCUAAUGUUGAUCACAUCCAA